UUUCGAGCAGACAAAGAUGGCGGUACGGAAGAAAGACGGCGGCCCGAAUGUAAAAUAUUUCGAAGCGUCUGAUACCGUCUCGCAGUUCGACAAUGUCCGGGUUUGGCUGGGCAAGAAUUACAAAAAGUAUAUUCAAGCAGAGCCCCCAACCAAUAAAUCUUUGUCAAGUCUGGUGGUUCAGCUGCUUCAGUUUCAGGAGGAAGUGUUUGGCCGACAUGUCAGCAACCCUCCCCUCACUAAACUACCGAUGAAGUGUUUCUUGGAUUUCAAAUCUGGAGGAGCUCUGUGUCAUAUUCUGGCUGCUGCCUACAAGUUCAAGAGUGAUCAAGGAUGGAGGAGAUUUGACUUCCAGAAUCCUUCGAGAAUGGACCGCAAUGUUGAAAUGUUCAUGACUAUAGAAAAGUCUUUGGUACAGAAUAACUGUUUGUCCCGACCUGUGAUUUACCUGAGUUCAGAGAUAGAGCCCAAGCUACUGGGAAAACUGAAGGACAUCAUCAAACGACACCAGGGGUCUGUGACUGAAGAUAAGCUUUCCAGCUCUCAUGUAGUGGUGCCUAUCCCUGCUAGUCUGGAGGACGAAGAGUGGGUUCGUCCUGUAAUGAAGAGAGACAAACAGAUGCUGCUACACUGGGGCUACUGGCCUGACAGUUAUGACACAUGGAUCUCAGCCAGUGAGGUGGAGGCUGCUGUGGAGGAUCCGCCCACUGCUGAGAAACCCAGGAAGGUCCAUGCCAAGUGGAUUCUGGACCUAGAUCAGUUUAACGAGUGGAUGAAUGAGGAAGACUAUGAGGUGGGAGAAGGAGGACCGCGGAGGAAGAGGAUUUCAGCAAAGACUCUCACAGAUGAAGUGAGCGCUCCAGAUGAAAGGAGGGAUAAAAAACCCAGCAGCGCCAAAAAAAGGAAGCGCUCCCCGUCUCCAUCUCCUACCCCUCCACCACAAGAGAGCAAGAAGAAAAACACCAAGAAAGGGCCCACUACUCCCUACACUAAGUCCAAACGAGGACAGAGAGAAGAAGAACAGGAAGAUUUGACAAAAGAUUUAGAUGAACCCUCACCUGUGCCUGCAGUGGAGGAAGCAACACUACCUAAAACAGUGACAAAGAAGGACUCUGAUUCCACUCCAGUGAAAGGAGGCACUAUGACUGACCUGGAUGAGCAAGAGGAUGAAUCAAUGGAGACUGUAGGGAAGGAAGAAGAAGAAGGUUCUCCGAGUGUGAAAGGAGAACCGGUGAAGGGUUCGGACCUUCAUGAGGAUAAUGUCACCGAACAGACCCAUCAUAUCAUUAUCCCUAGCUAUGCCGCUUGGUUUGACUAUAACAGUGUCCAUGCUAUAGAGCGCAGGGCACUGCCUGAGUUUUUCAAUGGGAAAAACAAGUCAAAGACUCCUGAAAUUUAUCUGGCAUACCGUAACUUCAUGAUCGACACAUAUAGACUGAACCCGAAGGAGUAUUUAACCUCCACAGCCUGCCGUAGGAACCUGGCUGGAGAUGUCUGUGCUAUUAUGAGGGUCCAUGCAUUCCUGGAGCAGUGGGGGUUGAUUAACUAUCAGGUGGAUUCAGAGAGUCGGCCCACUCCCAUGGGGCCUCCACCCACCUCACACUUUCAUGUGCUGGCAGAUACUCCAUCGAGUCUGGUACCACUACAGCCUAAAGCAUCCCAGACUCCAUCCUCUCAACAGAUGCUGUCAUUCCCAGACAAAGUAAAGGACAAACCAGCUGACUUGCAGAACUUUGGGUUGAGGACAGAUGUGUACAGUAAGAAGAGCGGCCCAACUAAAACUAAAAAUGCUGCCAGUGCCACUCGGGAAUGGACAGACCAGGAGACGCUGCUACUGCUAGAGGGUCUGGAGAUGUAUAAAGAUGACUGGAAUAAAGUAUCGGAGCAUGUGGGAAGCCGCACCCAGGAUGAGUGCAUCCUCCACUUCCUGCGUCUGCCGAUUGAAGACCCCUACCUGGAGGACAGCUCUUCCUCCCUGGGCCCGCUGGCCCAUCAGCCAGUUCCCUUCAGUCAGGCGGGGAAUCCUGUCAUGAGUACUGUGGCAUUCCUGGCCUCCGUGGUUGACCCUCGAGUGGCUUCCGCUGCAGCUAAAUCUGCACUUGAGGAGUUUUCACGAAUGAAGGAGGAGGUCCCGGCUGCGUUGGUGGAGGCUCAUGUGCGUCGAGUGGAGGACGCGGCCAGAGCAAGUGGGAGGCCAGACCCUCUCUAUGGCCUGGAGGGCAGCGGCAUCGCAGGAACCAUCCUCGAAGAUUCUGACAAACCCUCUGAGGAUGGAAGUGAAGAGAAUAAGAGCAAUGAUGGUCAAUCUAGCCAAGAUAAAAGAGACAAUAAGGAGAGCAAAGAUGGAGCCAGUGAGGAGGAAGAAAAACAAGGAGAGAAUGGCAAGAAAGAGGAGGAGAGAGUGAGAGAAGGGGAGACAGAGAGAGAGACGGAGAAAACAGAUUCAGAAAUGGCCGAUGGCGAGAAGGAGAAAGAACGGAAGGAGGGACCAGAAGAGGGUCAGAGGGAUGGAGAGAGUGAGGGAGAGAAGAAAGCAAAGGUGGAGAGAGACGUAGGAGAGGGAAACCUUGCCACCGCCGCUGCUUCUGCACUCGCUGCUGCUGCCGUCAAAGCUAAGCAUUUGGCAGCAGUGGAGGAAAGGAAGAUCAAGUCUCUGGUGGCUCUGCUGGUAGAGACCCAGAUGAAGAAACUGGAGAUCAAACUCAGACACUUUGAAGAGCUGGAAACCAUCAUGGACAGAGAGAGAGAGGCCCUGGAGUAUCAGAGGCAGCAGCUUCUCGCUGAUCGUCAGUCGUUUCAUAUGGAGCAGUUGAAGUAUGCAGAGAUGAGAGCCCGACAGCAACACUUCCAGCAGAUCCAACACCAGCACCAUAGCAACCAGCCUGCCAAUCAAUCUGGCAGUACUCCAUCUGUACCCCACCAGCCUGUCACUAACGCCUCUGCCCCGCCCCCAACACAAAGCCCCGCCUCCGUGAGCACCCCUAAUGCCCACAGUGAAGCUCCUCCAUCUGCAUCUCACAGUUCUCCGCCCACCAACGCACAGACUGGAUCAGCGCAUGAAUCCAGCACUCAACUCCCAGGGGAUUCUCUCUAUCCAAACGCCCCUGUGCCUCCAACACAGUAAAAGAAAUGGUGAGAUUUAAAGGAUAUCAAUGAUUCCAGAGAAGAAAAUGAAGGAGAUUAGAUAGAAAGUAAAAAGAUAGAGAGAUAAAGGGAGCGAUAUCUUCUUUUGUUUCACUUGCAUCAUUUUUGGGAGAAAACGAAAUAAAUGAAUUCUUGCCAGUAUCUUGAACAUGACAUGAUUCAAAAAUAAAUAGCUAAAGCUAGACAUAGAUCACCUUUAAACUGACUGACAAAUAAAACAGAAAUAAAAACCUUUGGUUUGGACUUCUGGAAAGGUCUUAAACCCAAAUCCCUGUUAAUACCCAACAAAAGCAAUCUUCGUCCAUGUACCUGGCUCAAUAUACCCUUAUCCGUCCUCCAUUUUCAGUAACAUCUCUUAACUUUGAGCCGAACCACAGGAUCCAGGAUACCUGUGAUCUGCACUUCAGAAGCAUCUCAAUGUACUUUAGGUACUCAAAUGGAAACAAACACACAAAAGAAAACCAAGAACAAAUUGCACUUUUAGAAUGUUUCCUGAAUCUUACUUUUUGGACGGAUAAAGCAUAAAGUCAAAAUUAGCCCUGACUUAAUGUUUUCUUUUAACAGUAUUCUUUUAUUCACUCGAUCUGUGUAUUGUUUCAUAGAAGCACUCGAUUUGUCCGAAGAGAAACUUGACUUUGUUAUCGUUACUUUGUAUGUGUGCGUGUGAAUGUCGGUUUUGCUUUUGGGACAAUGUGAAAGCUUCAGUGGUUUGGCCUGUUUUUAAUGUACAAUUCGAUUUUAGCAUGAUAAAAAGGAGACAACAAAUUAGUAUUAAAUCUGUUUACUUUGUCUCUGACAACAUGUACUGUAAACCUGGAAAUCAUGUCAUCAAAAAUUGAUGUUUGCAUGUUAUCUUUUGGGUAUGUGUGCACAGCAUUGCCAACAAAAUAUCAUAAGUUACUCUAUAUUUCUAACAGGUGAAAGUAGUUGUUUCAUUCUCAUCUCAUUGCAUGAGAAAAUUUUAAUAUUGGAGUGAAUGAUUAAUCAACAAUGAACGCAGAAGUAAUCGUAUUAGUUCCUUAACUCAAAUAGAGUUGAAUCCAUCAUUUUAGUAAUAUCAUAUCGCACAUUUUAGUAAUCAGUGUUCAUGCCAGAUCUGAUGUUUCAGUUCAGAUUAUUAACCCUUGUGUGUCAGUUUUAAAAAAACUACAGAGGUCCUCGUUACAAAAACAAAAAUGUCUGUUAAAACAGUCAUAAAAGUAUUAUAUACCAUAUUAAUAUUUUUUCUGCUUUCGCUAACAUUGAUAAUUUCCCAGCACCUGUCCUGAUCUCAACUAUCAAAAAUGUAGUCAUUUUCAUGAUUUUAACUCUUAGAAUGCUUGUUUGUUUACAUAAUGCCACUGGUGUUCAUGAAAAAAUAUGAUAUUGAUUAUUAGAGUAUCGGAUCAGGGUUUUUAUAUUUACUAAAACUAAAAUUGUUUUAAAGACCAUCAAUUGAAAUAAAAUAGACCUUGACUAAAAUGAAAUAAAAUACAAUCCAGAAUUUAAUGCUUAAUGGCAAUGCUGUUUUAAUGGGUUCAAGUUGGGACAUUUGAGUGUAACUCAUUUUUAUCUCUAGAGUAAAAUAUAUUGGGGGUCAAAUAUUACAAAUUAAAUUUUUUUUUUUUUUUUACACAUUUCAACAUUUAUGCUGCUUACAUUAACACAGACAAAAUUAUCAAAGAAAUUACAUUAAAGACAAAAAUGUCUUUAAGGACACACAAGGGUUAAAAAAAAAUGUGUUUUGUGUGUGUGUGUGUGUGUACAGGUGUUUUAGUAACAGGCCAAACCCACAGAAAGUAUUUACAACAUGAAGGAAAACCGUUUUGUUUUACAAAUUAGUGGCAACUACCCGAGUAGAGACGAGGGAUUUUAAAGUUACAUUUGCAGCUGUGGUCUGUGUAUCUCAUAUCUUCAUACUGUAACUGUCCUAUUUUUGUAUUUUUAUAUGUUUCUUUACACUAUUACAAAUGAUGUAAUGCUGUUAUCAUAUUAUACAUGUCUGUAAUGUUUCCUUCUCUUUCUGACUGUGGAUGUUGUCGUAUUAUUGACAUGUUCAUGUGAAAGUGUCAGUCGCUUUAUACGAUGAAGCUGGACUCUUUGUGUGUGCGUGUGGUGUGCAUGCAUGCUUUGAUUUGCCACACAUCUUUUUGUAUGUACGUAUGUUUUUAUUUUAUUUUAAUCUACAUUAAUUUGCCAUGUUUCCAGACUACACAUGCUAGGAGUGAUGGAUGUAAAAUCUGCCAAUAUCAGAAUUGACAAAUCAGUUUACAUCUUUAGAAAUAUAUGUAAACACACAUAUGCAGUAGUCCAACAUGCAGUAUUACUGACAGAACAGAUUCACAUCAACUUCACAGUUUUGCACGACUCAUAACCAGUGUUGAAAAUGUCAUUCGAGCAGUUUGCUCAGCUCUUUGGUCUUUGUCUUUUACAUUGUAGUGGUAUAAGUAGUUGUGUUCUUUUUUUUUUUACAUUUUGUUUAUACUUUUUUUUAUGGUGAAAGCUGGUAACCAUUACAUUGAGAUGUGUGUGAAUGUUUGAAGAUGUUCAGUUCGUCCUUUGAGGAGAUGUAGCAGGAGCUGUCUAGCACCUGUUUGACUACGAAUGGAUUGAGUUUGGUUUCAAGAAUCCUGAAUGAUUCUGCACAAUAAAAGACAUCAUCAGUGAUAUGAA